CCGCCUGUUGGAGAAGGAACAAGGGACUGAGCUCUUCUGUGACGUUAGGGGACGACCUGCAAAGUGGCUUCUUUACCAAUUCCUUCAACAGCUGAUUUCAAAGCAUCGGUCUUCACCACCAUUAUCUCUAACUGCUGAUAUCUUUUUCAGUAGCUUGAUAUUCUUUUUCUUCGUCGAGAUACCAUAUAGCCUUCUUUAUUCCUUCCCGUCCGAUCCGAUCAAGCAACAAUGGUCGUCCUCAAGAGCUUCGUGCUCGGCGCUCUGGCAGCUACCGUUGCCGCCAAGUCUGCCGUGCUUGACCUCAUUCCCUCCAACUUUGACGACGUCGUCCUCAAGUCUGGCAAGCCUACUCUCGUCGAGUUCUUCGCUCCCUGGUGCGGCCACUGCAAGAACCUUGCUCCCAUCUACGAGGAGCUCGCCACCGCUUUCGAGUCCUCCAAGGAUGUCCAGAUUGCCAAAGUGGACGCCGACGCCGAGAGAGACCUGGGCAAGAGAUUCGGGAUUCAGGGAUUCCCUACUCUCAAGUGGUUCGACGGCAAGAGCGACCAGCCUACCGACUAUAAGGGAGGUCGUGAUCUUGAGGCCCUGAGCACCUUCAUCACGGAGAAGACUAGUGCCAAGCCCAAGAAGAAGUACACCCCGCCCAGCGCCGUCAACAUGCUCACCGAUGAGUCCUUCAAGACCACCAUUGGCGGCGACAAGGACGUUCUUAUUGCCUUCACUGCUCCUUGGUGCGGACACUGCAAGACCCUCGCCCCCAUCUGGGAGACUGUUGCCCAGGACUUUGUCCUCGACGAGGGUGUCGUGAUCGCCAAGGUUGAUGCCGAGGCCGAGAACAGCAAGGGCACUGCCGCCGCCCAGGGCGUUUCUUCCUACCCCACCAUCAAGUUCUUCCCCAAGGGCUCCAAGGAGGGCGAGCUCUACACCGGUGGCCGCAGCGAGGACGACUUUGUCAACUUCAUCAACGAGAAGGCCGGCACCAACCGCAGCCCCGGCGGCGCCCUUAACGCUAUCGCCGGUACCAUUGCUUCCCUCGACGAGAUUGUCGCCAAGUACACUGGCGGCACCAGCAUCUCCGACGCUGCCGCCGAGGCCAAGAAGCAGGCCGAGACCCUCAAGGAGAAGGCCCAGUACAAGUACGCCGAGUACUACGUCCGCGUCUUUGACAAGCUCAGUAAGAGCGACGGCUACGCCCAGAAGGAGCUUAAGCGCCUCGACGGCAUCCUGUCCAAGGGUGGCCUGGCCCCUGCUAAGCGUGACGAGAUCACCAGCAAGACCAACAUUCUCCGCAAGUUCCUCGAGAAGGUCACCGGUGAGAAGGAGGAGUUGUAGUGAACUCUAUCAGCAAGUUUUCAGACGCAUCUUGAAGUAUGGGUUUGGGAAGGUCCUAGGAGGUUGAAAAGCAAGCAACAUGCAACUGAGCGUGUUUAGCUCCAGUUGGGAUUGGUAGUCUAGGAUACCGACGAUGAUGAAUAACAAUAACAAGUAUAACUCAAGU